AUGGCGGAUGGCAAUAGCCACCCAUUCAACAAUGUUGUUAUUGCUGGCGAUACGAUAACUCAAUUACAAAAACAACAAUCUCAUCAUCAACAACAACAAUAUCAGCAGCAAUAUAAUUCCAAACAUAAAGAUCUUAUCGAUCUUCUUUCCUCAAAUAAUACCAGUAACCAUUUUUUAAAUUCAAUUGAUCCAUCCAAAAAUAUCUCGUCUCAUUCUGUAUCCGAUGAUGAUUUUAAUCGUCUUAAAUCAAUAAUACGUUUAACAAUAUGGCCCAUUGAUCAUCCUAUCCGUAGACAAUUAUGGAUGAAUAUAUUAACAUUAAAUCGAGUUAGUACUUCGAAACAAUCCCAUAAUAUUCAUCAUGCAUCACAAAUACCUAUAUCAGCGUCAGCAGUAACGAUUGAUAGUAGUUUACAAUCAUUAUCAACAAAAUUAAAUCAGUGGCCAAACUUUGUCGACACGACUAAUUUAUGCUUUUAUCAUUUGACUGAAUCUACAGGAUGUUUAUUAUUGCAACGGAUUUUAUUCACAUUUGCUUUACAUCAUCCUGAUUUAACUUAUUGUCCAGCAUUAGAACCAUUGUCAUCUUUACUUUUACAUUAUUUUACUGAAAAUGAAGUAUUAUAUUUAGUAAAUCGUUUACUAAUUAAACAUUGGUUAUGCGGUGAAACACGUUUACAGUGGGAAGCUAAUUGUAAUGUAUUUAAAAGACUAUUAAAAAUGUAUUAUAAAUCAACGGCUGAUGCAAUUGAAUUACGUUAUACAAAUACAAAAGUAUUUUAUCAAGAAUGGUUUUGGUGGAUAUUUCGUUAUCUACCAUUAUCUUAUCUUGCGAAAAUUAUCGAUUGUUUCUUUCUUGAAGGUCCAAAAAUGUUAUAUCGUAUUAGUUUAACAUUGGUUCAUUUAUAUAUUAAAAAACCUCAUUCGUACAAUUGUUUGUCGAUUAAGCAUGAAUCAAAUGGAAAUAUUCAAAAUAUAGCUGAUUUUUGUAAACAAAUUCCUAUAUCCAUUGAAAAUUUAUUAAAUGCUGCAUUUCAUAUUCGAAACUUAAAAAGAAGUACAAUAGAACAAUUGAUUGAUCAAGAAGAAAAACUAUUACAUACAACUCGCUUUAAUCCUCGAACCGAUGAUAACAAUCAACUGAAUAGUAAUUCUAAUAAUAAUAACAAUAAUAAUAACAGUAAUAAUAAUAAUAAUUCGAAUCAAAAUAAUGGAAGUAUUAGUCCGCGUCAUUCUAUAUUUUUCACUCCUCAACAUCUUACAAGAAUACCCAGCACAUCUAUACUCGAUCAUCAACAAUUUUUUGCCCUAUGGAAUUGGUUACCAGCACGUCUUAGUCUUUCUCAACCUAUCCUAGUGUUUACUACUCAAGAACAUGGAUUUCGCUUACAAACUUUAUUAGAAAAAAUCGAUGAACUUGAAUAUUCGAUAUUAGUUAUUAAAACAACUACUGGCGAGAUCUUCGGUGCAUUUUGUGCAGGUCUUUGGUCUGAUCGUCAUACUAAAACAUUUUUUGGAUUUGGUGAAUCAUAUUUAUUUACACUUUUACCAAAGAAAAUAAAAUUUCCUUGGGUUGGACAACAACAAGAAAAUGAUAAUCGUCAAUCCAAAGUUACAAGAGAACUAUUCUUAUUUGUUAAUAAUGAAAAACUAGUUAUUGGUGGAGGUAAUGCUGAUGGUUUGUGUAUUGAUUCGUCAUUGUGUGAAGGUCGUACAGCUCAUUGUGAAACAUUUAAUAAUGAACCACUGUGUUCAUUGCCCUACUUUUCCAUAUCAGUUUUAGAAAUGAUUGCUUUUGAUUUUUCAUCUUCCUAG